GCCCAAGUUGCAAGUAACUAUGUGGUGGUGAAAGUGUGUAGUUUCCCUCAUAACUUUCUUGCCCUUUUUCCACCACCCCCCGACCACUCGGAAUAAUUAACCUACUAGCUCCAUUUUACUUGGUUGCCUCACUAUUCGCAAUACUCCUCGAGUGCUUGGGUUUUCAUUUUUGGUAUCUAGUACUACAUAAAUGUCGAGGAUAAUUUCAUGUCACCACUUUCGUGGACAACGGGUGGGACGCUGUGAUGAGGCUGUUGAUGUCGCCGUUUCUGGGCACACCGUCAUUGUCGCUUUGGAACAUCAGAUUAACAUUUAUGGGAAGACAGACGACUGUCAUAGUCCAGUUUUCCUAAGUUUGGACUCUGACAGACAUGAUGGUAGUCCGCCCCCAGUGCUGCCAGGGCCAGCACCUGCCACACCAACUGCAAAACUGAUGUCUGCGGCUGCAGCGUCGACGUCAAAACCACCGUCUCCAUUGCCAACAUUGCCUCAUCUUUGCAAUCACGACUUGGGAACAUCAUUUGUAUUCUUGAAAGGAAUAUCUUCAAACUCUCCAAAAACCAAAUUGGAUUCAUCAUCGCCUCCCAAGAAACGAAUCGAGUCCAUAGAGUCAGAUUCUGAGCUUCGCCUGUCCCACAGUUUUGCAACGAUCGACUUAAUUCAUAAGAUUUCGUACAAUGAAAAAGGCAAAUAUAUUUUGUGUUUGGAAAAAAGAGAGUCGUCAACCAGUUCCAUUACGAAUGUACGGUCUUACUUUCACUGGGAAAUGGACCAUGGAACGAAACCCAUGCGCGCGAGAAUUGCUGGCCUUGUUUCACCCACGGGGGCAGAACCUGAGGAAGAUUCGUUGAUGAUGGUUGAAAUCCCGUUGACAUCUCCAGCUACGGCCGUAGCAUCGUGCAAUUUAACUGGUCAUAUAGCCUGUCUUUCUGCCGAGUCCAUUAUAAAUUUAUUCCUAUUUCGAGCCAAAGAAGUGCAUGGACGAGUUCGAGUUCACUACUAUGAUUUCGACAGGACAUAUGCUAUCGACAUGCCAGGAUUCGUCCCGGAUAAAAUAUACUUCGUGUGUAAUUAUUUGGCUUGUAUGAACUCAGACAGUGUGCACGUUUUUAAUAUAAGGAAGGAAGAAUUACAACAGGGAUCUCCUCACUUUAGUUCAUGCUCAUCAGCAGCAGCAGUCAUUCAUGAAGUUGGGCGACCUUCGAACAAACAUGUAAAUCAUACGGAUAAGGUUAUUUUUAAUCCGAAAAAUGAAUCAAUCAAAGUGUACUUACCGAGUAUUGCGAGAGCUAACCGCAAGAGGAAGUACACGAAUAUAAAUAUCAUUGAAGAUUUUCAAGAUGAAAUUAUUUCAAACCAUACCAAAGUAGUCUUCAGCGCAGGGAAUCCAGGAAUCGUCGUAGAAGAUAUACUACGACUGAGUUCUAGUGGCGGUGGGAAUCAUCCAAAAUUUACUGAAAUUGGGAUUUACCCAAUUCGGAUUAAUGACUUGCUUGGAGCAGUUGCAUUGAUGGUAUGCACUAAAAAGGAAGGUUACUUGUACCACCUCCCUACGAAGCAAAACUGUUCUGUUGUACGUGUUGCCAGCUAUCCAUUCACUGCGCCACUAAUUACUUUUGCAUUUGACUCCAUAAUUUUUCACGCCCUGACUGAAAGUGGAUUAGAAAGCUAUACUUGUAGGAGCCUAUAUUAUGCAACCAAAGACCACGAGGGAAUCAAACCGUUUCUAAGUGAUUGUCCAUUUCAUGAAGAACCUCCGACCCUCGUAGGAAUCCGACCUUUUCUCAACGUUCGAAAAAUGACUUGUAAUAGUUCAAUAUUGUCAAUGUUAGCAUGCAACAAUACCUCAAAUAAUAAGAAUUCAGGCCAAGAAGAAUUAUCUUGGACAAUUUAUACACUGGAUUUGCCAGAUAUCGGGACGACUUGUGACGAUAUGGUGAAAACGGCCAAUUUGCAGAAUAAUAGAACGUCAGACAUCUAUAUUACAUUAUUGUGCGAGGCCUAUACUGCAUUGAAACUUUUCAUGAAUGCUCACCCUGGAUCAGAGAUGCAUGUAGAAAUUGCAGCCUGUCACAGCAACAUAUGCAAAUUACUUGGACUCGCCUAUCUAAAGUCGUCCGUCUCUACAGUAAAUCUUCAGCCUAUUUCGCAGUCUGGAUCUACGAACCUGGUCGAAGAAACACUAAAUACAACUGUUCCGUCCACGACUACUCCGUCAACACUAGAUUCAAAUUCUUCAAGUGUGUCUGAACUGAUACCUGAUACUUCUGCUAUCAUGUCUGCAGAUGUGAUCAAUGAUUUGGUGGAUAUGGGAGUGACAUAUUUAUUGAUUGGACGGUGUGGAAUUGGUGAAGUGUUUUCCCCCGAAAAUUGGUCGUGGAUUCGUGAAAGCUGUAAUAUCCCAGGGUUUAUAAGAAUGAUUGAGGUUACCUUUAUAAAAUGUAAUGAGUUCGAAAUUCAUCCUGAUAAUCAAAAAUUAUCUCCUACAUUGGCCCCAGUUGUUGUUGAGUUUUUAGCGAAUAGUGGUCCACAAACUUUGGUCGAUUUAGUGAUUCACGCUCCAUUCAUACGGGAGUGCAACAGUCGUAGGUUACUACAUAUUUUGCAGCAAUUAGCUGAAGCGAAGAAUUUUCCUGCCAAAGAGACGUUGGCUGUGAUUUUGACGCUUGUUACAAUUGGAGUUGAUCUCAAUACUCGAUCUCAAAUUAAUGAAUUACUUCAUAAAACCAAUUUAAGCGAUCUCGAAACAUACCUUAAAAAAGAAAUAUUGAUUGAAACUAGAGGGCAACAGACAUUUUUAACAGAUCUAGCGGUAUGUAUUAUUGCAUCGGAUAAUCAAUAUAUAAUUUCAGAGAAACUAUUUCAGUACUUAAAAGCUAAUAGCAUUAACAUGUCCAUCGUUAUGUUCGCAUUUGCCCAAGCUUUAAAUGUGAACACAGAUACCACUCUUCAACAUUGCAUAACUAAAUGUCUUACGGGAAUUGUGGAAAAAUACACUUGGGACAAAUUCAGUAACGCAGUAGAUCUCUCUCAUAUUGAAUUUGCUGAGGACGAAAAACGUGGUAUUCAGUUUCUUGUCAGGACGUACUUAUCAAACAUUAACUUCUCCAGCAAUAUUCCAGCCUCAACACCAAAAACAGUAGCUAUAGCUGAUCAAGAUUCCACUGCAAACGAAAAAUCUAAAAGUGUCAACACUUCAGGGCCAACUGAUAUUAUGAAACGUAAUCAAAUAUUUGGGAAUGUUUGCACAUGCGUAAAUUUUUUAUUGAGUGUGAACACCCCUGGAGGUAUGUUAACCCCUCAAAGUCAAAACUUGGCCACUGUGCAACUGUUUGUGAAUGAGGAUAGUCGGGAAAAUUAUAUAAAACUUUUGAGUUUGGUUUCGAAUCCAGUCUUAUCGGAUACGGAAGGAGUUAAGGAUAUUAUUGUGACAUAUCUUUACAAAAAUGCAACACAAGUGAAACCCAGUGUCAAUUCAACAUUGUACUUCAUUCUGCAAAUUUUUGCUGAAACUCCGGAAAAAGCAGUAAAUAUGCUACUAACCAAACAGCCCACAACAAUAAUGAUAUUUGCAAAGGAAACUUUUGAAAAAGUCCCUUCAAAGUGGAAGUGUCUAGUGACAAACCUGAAAAAACGGGUACAAAAUUCAAAUGCCACCGAAACGGAAAUAUUUGCCACAAUUUUAGAAAGUGUAUAUCUUCACUUGGCCAACUCGAUGACUCCGCAGCAACUGGAGCAAGUCUUAGAUAAGGAAACGGAAGAAAGUCACAAAUUUCAUGGGAUUUGCACUAGAGUAGAAUUGGCCAACAAUUAUGCUAACAUGGUCAUUUCUGUUUCUACAGAUUAUUUAAAUCCUAAAUAAAUAAAUGUUUCGGUUCAGGUAAAAAUAUUCUAGUCAUAAUUCUGUACAACAUAAGGUUAGGUUGCAUUAUUUUAAAGAUCAUAUGUAGAAAUUAAAUUAUUAUGUAUCAGUUAGUCCAUGGUUGUUAAAAAUUGUGAGUGUUUUAGUCCGAGCCAAAGUUAAUGAGCCACCCACUUAUUUAUGUACGUAUAUGCAUACAUAUCUUUUUGCUGCUAGUGUUAGUCCAGCCAGAUUUUAAAUCAAUUGUGUGAUGAAAUUUCAAAAAACAGAGACCGGAAUUGUACUUCGAAUUAUAUAGAGUUCAAUAAAUUGCACGUGCUGUCAGCACUUACAGUGGUUAUGCAUUAUCUAUUCAUAAAAUCCCAUUGAGCUUGUAUUAUUGAAAACAAAUAUUUGUACUGCCUCUUUAUUAUGAGAGUUUUAUCUGUAUUGAACGGUUUGAAUAUAUAUUUUCUCUGCUGCCCAAGUU